CUUCCCCUCCACUCCGCCCCGUCGCCUCUAUCCCGGAAGUUGCUGCCGGGUGCUCGAAAGCGAGCGCCACUUCGCAGCUAUCUGGAGCGGCCGCGCUUGCGGAGCCGUCACCAUGCCUCUGGCUAGAGAUCUAUUACACCCUUCCUUGGAAGAGGAGAAGAAAAAACAUAAGAAGAAACGGCUGGUUCAGAGCCCAAAUUCUUACUUUAUGGAUGUGAAAUGUCCAGGUUGCUACAAGAUCACUACAGUUUUCAGCCACGCUCAGACCGUGGUCCUCUGUGUGGGUUGUUCGACUGUGUUGUGCCAGCCCACAGGAGGGAAAGCCAGGCUCACAGAAGGCUGCUCAUUUAGAAGAAAGCAACACUAAUCAUCUAUACAAGUUCCUGAAUUUGUGUUUUUCACAGAAAGCCUUAUCAGCUUCAGUUACUUUACCAAGACAAUGUAAUUAUUGUUUGAUUUUAUAAAGUCUACAGCAAUGAUCUCCUAUUUUGGUGUCAGUUUUUCAAUAAAGUUUUAAUUAUGGACAAGUUC